GGAUGGAGCAGAAAGUUGAAGAGUUGAAGGAAGAAGUGAAGAAAAAACUACGUAGUAUUACUGACUUGCAUGAAAGUAUGAAUUUGAUAGAUGCAAUCCAACACCUUGGAAUCGAUUAUCACUUCACAAAGGAGAUCGAUGAGGCACUGGAUCACCUCAACAAUGCCGAGUUAAAAAGCUUCGAUCUUCACGAAGUUGCUCUCCGAUUUCGAUUGCUUAGACAACAUGGGUUUCGUGUCACUGCUGAUGAGUUUAACAAGUUCAAAGAUGACAAGGGGAAUUUUGCCGAAACCUUAAGUAAUGAUCCAAAGGGCUUGUUGAGUCUCUAUAAUGCAGCUUAUCUCGGAACUCAUGGCGAGACGAUACUCGAAGAAGCGAUUUCAUUUUCAAGAAUUCACUUGGAAUCUAUAGCAAAUGACUUGAAACCUCCACUAGCAAACGAAGUAUCGCGCGCUCUUGUGACACCAUUGCCAAGGAGAUUGAAGAGACUUGAGGCAAGGUAUUACAUUUCCGACUACGAGAUGGAGGAUAAACGGGAUGAUACCAUAUUUGAGCUUGCAAAAUUAGACUUCAAUUUGUUGCAGUCCCUUCAUCGUGAGGAGCUCAAGAGUAUCUCAUUGUGGUGGAAGGAUUUAGAACUCGAAGAUAAAUUAUGUUAUGUACGGGACAGAAUCGUCGAACUCUACUUUUGGAUUUUAGGAGUAUAUUUUGAGCCUCAUUAUUCUUGUGCACGCAUGAUAACCAUGAAGGUGAUAGCACUCAUAUGCAUUUUAGAUGAUACUUAUGAUGUCUACGCCACUUUGGAGGAGUGUCGAGCGCUAACUGAUGCAAUACAAAGGUGGGACACAAAGUCGGUUGAUCAGCUGCCUACAUAUUUGAAGUAUUUUUUUCUCAAAUUAAUCGACACCUUCAAAGAAUUCGAGGAUAAGCUUGAAUCGGAAGAUAAGUACCGCGUUUCUUAUCUUAGGGAAAUGUAUAUAAAAGUGGCUAGUGCUUAUCUGAAGGAGACCGAAUGGUAUGCGCAUGAUUAUGUGCCAACAACUUUCGAAGAACAUUUGCAAACCUCACUGGUUUCCGUAGGUAUUCCCAUGCUAGUAUGUGCCUCCUUCGUCGGCAUGGAUAAAGUCGCAACAAGGGCGGCAUUUGAGUGGGUUAUUAGUAUACCUGAACCAGUUAAAGCUUCAGCCCUUAUCAGUCGACUUAUGGACGAUAUCACUUCAUCUGAGCACGAAAAGAAGAGAGGACACUGUGCCUCUACUUUGGAUAGCUACAUGAAAGAACACAGCACAACUAAGGAAGUAGCCAUUGCAAAAUUUCACUUCAUAAUAGAGGAUGCCUGGAAAACAAUGAACGAAGCGUUACUGAAGCCAACUAAUGUUCCGAUACCUCUGAUCGAACGAGUUGCUAAUUUCACUCGAAUGGACGAAAUGAUAUACAAGUACACGGACGGAUUCACAAACGCUACUUAUCUGAAAAAGUACAUCUUGUUGUUGUUCGUGCAGCCAUUUGAUGUUUGAGUGUUUGAAGUCUACUUCUUCGGUCCAUCCAUCUGAUCAGCAAAAAGCAGGCAACUAAUAAUCUUUGCAUGCAAGUUUAUAUUAUUAUUAUUAAUAAAAUGGCUAGGU